AUGUACCUUGUUCCCCACACGCCUGCCGCGUUGCCGCGCGGCUCCGCACCGUCACCGUCACCGUCACCAUCAUCACUCCCUGCUGCUCGCGCGUUGCUUGCAUGGGGCGGUUGGCGGAUCAGCGGCGAGGGGAGCUGGCAGCCGGAGGCGCGCGGGGCAGUGGCGGGGCGAGCAGUAGCGGGUGGCGGCAGCGCGGAGGGGUGCGGCGCGGGGCAUGACGUGCGGUGGCGAGGCGUGCGACAGGGCGGCGGCGAUGAGGCGUGGGUGCGCAGCAGGCAGUGGAGAGUGGGGGGAGGGGCCGUCAUGGACGCACACGUGUGGCACGUGCAAGGCGUGCGAUCGUCGCACUCUGACGCCGCGCCCGCAUCUCGCCCCUCCUCCUGGCUCCCUCCCCGCCUGCUCGCCGUUAUCCCUGCACAGUGGCAGGAGCUGUUGGAACAUCCACGCACUGCACUGCACCGCAUUGCAUGGCAGUACAGGGAUGCAGCAGCAUUGCAGGUGGAGGCGUUUUGGCGCAACCACUCGCUGCUGCUGCUCUCUGCUGGGGGCGUGUCCCUCUCGCUGCUGCUCUGGGGCUGCUCCUUCCGCCUUGCCUCUCUCUUCCUCACCAUGCCACCCAACUCCCUCGGCCUGCCCUACCUCCUCGCCUCCUGCACUGCUGUCGCUGCUCUGGGCGGGGCAGUGAGGGCGCACACGAGCAUCAGUCCAGCAGCAGCAUACCGCAUGGCCAUGUGUGCCCUCAACACGCAUGCGGGUGUGCUGGAAGUGCUGGGAGCACCACUGGUGGGGGCGCCUGUGAGGGCGUACGUGCAGGGGGGCGGGGGCAUCGUGCUGUCAGGCAUGGCUGUGCGCGCUGCCCCGCGGGACUGCUGGCUGGUGUUCCCUGUGCGCGGUGCAGAGGGGCGUGGUGUGGUGCAAGUGCACGUGCACCGCCACAACGGGCAGUACGACCUGCAGCUGGUGGCGGUGGACGUGGCAGCCGGCAGUGCAGGCAGCGAGUGCGUGAUGGUGGUGGGUGAUCAUGCUGCUCUCACCCGUGCACAGCCCUUGCUGCAAGGGCUCAGGCACGCACUGGACAAUGUGCAAGGCAGGCAAGGAGGGGCAGAGACGAGGGCUGUGGAGAAUGCCCAACAAGAACAGGGCUGA